AUGAAUCAUAAUGAUUUGCAUACCAAUCAGCUUUAAAGAGUUUUAACAAUAUUAGAGAAGAAACAUGAUAGAAGUGCUUCCACUAAUACAAAUCCUAAAAAAAAUGCUGAGGGACCUUUAGGUUAGGAUAAAUGUAGAUUAAAGUUAAUAAUUAAGGAUUGCAUAGAUUUUAUAAGCACAGAAUAAUAAUGUAUCAGAUUCCAUUAAAUUCUAAUGUCUUACAGAUAUUCAAUAGACCUACCAGAUUUAGAUAACAUUUUGGAAUGA